AGAGAGGUUUAAUUGAGUUUGAAGCAUAAUUACUGGCUGCGGUUGUGUGAGGUAGCAAGAAAAACAUCGUUCUUCGACGUCCUUCAUUCGCCGUUGUCGUCGUCGUUCUUCGCCUUCUCCGAUUCGCUAUUCUUGUUCUCUACUCCCUCUCAUGGAGCCCCAGCGUCUUGAGAAAGCUCUGGAUGGAUGCGGCAACGAUUUAGACGCUGCUAUCGAGCGCCUGCUUGCGCUUUCUUUAGAUGAGAAAUCGGAGGGUUUCGCUGUGGAAUCAGAUGCAUCUUCUGAGAAAGAAAAACCUACCAGUUUUGGAGAUCUGGCUGGGUGGACGGACUUGCUGGUGAGGGAAUUACAGAGUGCGAUUAGUGUUGAUGAUGCCAGAGCCCGCGUGUCAAGUCUGCUGCAGAUGCGUGAAGAAUCGAUUCAUCAACAAGAAGCGGCUCGAAUCGAAGUCGUGAUCCGGGAGAAUACAAUACUGAAACGUGCCGUGGCUGUUCUUUAUCGACGGCAGAAACAGUUUGUUGAGGAUAGGAACGGUGAGGUCCAGCACUUGAAGCAGUUACUGUCUCAGUAUCAGGGGCAGUUGACAACUCUCGAGCAGUUGCUACUCUCAUAUGUGAGUGAAGCUUACCAAACUUGGAAGUUCCAGCUGAAACGUCUUUACUUUGUUCGCCGGCUCUCAUCCUUUCAACACUGGGAUGAGGUCCCUCUUGGCUAGGCCCUGCGCUUCUCUUACCAGGAGGGGAUGAACAAACUGUGACAACUGAGCGAAUAUGAACUGCAGGUGCCGUAGAACGCACUGCAGGCGUGCCUGUCAUCCCCUUUGUUUCUUCCAGCCAAUGUCUUAUCGAAGAACAUGUAGAACUGACAAAUCUUGUUGGUGGGUAGGCGUAAGAGGGAUUGAACUCUCCGGUCUGAGACUACGAGAAGGUUUAGCACUGACCAUCAGUUCACUGGAGCUGCAAAUGAAGUUGGCACAGAACCUCUAUUUGAUCCCGGAGAACCAGCCUUCUGAAUAUUCCGCAGCCUAAAUUUAGACUGCAAGUGAUUCAACAUACACGGGUCUUGGGGCAUGAACUCAGCCACAUCUGCAUUUUGUCCUCUGGGCUUGGCUUCCAUGGGGCUAAGGGAGAUCCGGUUACCCUUUUCGAUUUGGUUGCUUUCGGGGUGAACCAAGGAGCCAAGCAAACACCAAAGAUUUGGCUUAAGCCAAGCAAUGUAAUUUAUAAGAAAAGUGAAAUGAGGCCUUUUCUUGAGGCUUUAAGUACCAAAAUAUGAUGGCUCAAGAGAAACAAAACUCUGUGGUCUUAAUAUAUCUAGGAGAAUCAGUAAAUUCAAAGCGGAUGUGAAUGAUGUGGGUGGCCUGAGAUUUCCAACAAAAAUGCCACAGAAUUGUUUUUUAAGAUAUAAAACAAAAUUAUUUUGACAA